UCUCUCUCUCUCUCUCUAAACCCAUCAUCCUUGCUCUCUGGCCAAGUCUUUCUUGUAUGAUUCUUGAUUCAUCUGAAUCUGAUCACAAAUGAAUUCAAAAGGAACAAAGGAGGUCAGCAUGGAUGGUUUUCUGGAAGAAGUUGGAGGGUUGAUAGAGAGAUUGUUGGAAGGAAGGAAAAAGAGAGGAAAAUGCAUUCAGCUGAUCGAGCCCGAGAUUCGUCGGCUUUGCGUUGUCGCCAAACAAAUCUUUCUUGCACAGCCCAAUCUCCUUGAAUUAGAAGCCCCCAUUAACAUCUGCGGUGAUAUACAUGGACAAUACCCAGACCUACUGAGAUUAUUCGAAAGCGGCGGUUUCCCACCGGAUUCCAACUACUUGUUCCUCGGAGACUAUGUCGACAGAGGGAAGCAAAGCAUAGAGACCAUCUGCCUCCUCCUAGCCUACAAAAUCAAGUUCCCGGACAACUUCUUCCUCCUCCGAGGGAACCAUGAGUGUGCCUCCAUUAACCGGAUCUACGGCUUCUACGACGAGUGCAAGCGUCGCUUCAGUGUCCGUCUGUGGAAGAUCUUUACGGAUUGCUUCAAUUGCUUGCCGGUGGCAGCAGUGAUUGAUGACAAGAUCAUUUGCAUGCAUGGUGGACUCUCGCCGGAGCUUGAGAACUUGGAUCAGAUCAGGGAUCUAGAAAGGCCCACAGACGUGCCGGACCAGGGGCUAUUGUGUGACCUGCUUUGGGCGGAUCCUGAUGGAGAGAUAAAAGGUUGGGGCGAGAACGACAGGGGCGUUUCUUAUACUUUCGGAGCUGACAAAGUGGAAGAGUUCCUAAAGAAACACGACCUUGAUCUAAUAUGCCGCGCUCACCAGGUGGCUGAAGAUGGUUACGAAUUCUUCGCAGACCGACAGCUGGUUACCAUAUUUUCAGCUCCUAAUUACUGCGGGGAAUUCGACAAUGCCGGGGCGCUGAUGAAUGUGAAUGCGAGUUUGCUAUGCUCGUUUCAGAUUGUCAAGCCAUGGGGUUGAGGAAGGGUGACAACUAAUGAGCAGAGCACAUACUGCAACUCAUGGACUGAUUAGUUAUUCCUAAGCUUCCUGACAUUUCCAAAUAGGAAUGAAUGCACAGAUGGCAAAAAUUCGUGACUCGUGAUGCCGACGAAUUUCAAAAGAAGUUUGAGCUCAACCUCGUUUCGGGUUUGCAUUUGUAGCAGAAUUCAGCAGAUGAUUCAAGUACUAAUGAUGUAAAUAUGGAGUCGAAGCUCACAAGGUGGUGGGAGUAAUGCCUUAUGCAACUUCAUGUACAUCGAAAAGAAAUGACAGUGAGACUAGGUGGACAAUAGCUUGAUUGUGUAAAUGACUAUCUAGCAAUGUACUUCUGUGUUUCUGUGAUCCUCCGGCAAUGGCCGGAAAUAAUAUAAACGCAAUUGACUC